UCAAAAUUUUGGACAAGUAAUACAAGCUUACAGGAGGUUACUGUAUUUUUAUUAUUCUUUUCAUGAAGUGUCUAAAGAAAUGACAUCUAAGAGUUAUAGAAGAUGUUUUUCAAUUAACGUUGAAUUCAUUUUACCAAUAUAUGCCAUAUAUUUUACCAUAAUAUCUAUAACAAAAUAAAGUCAGUGCACUGGAAUUUCACAUUCAUUUUAAUAAAAACGUUUAACUCUCACAUACUUUACAGCAGAAUGAGAAUCAAGAAUCAAAGGACAGUCAGCAUCUCCAGACAGCAGUGAAUAAGAUGAAUACGAGCUUACAGGAGCAGAAUGGAGGAAAUUCUCCAGAGGUGGAACAAGAGAAUCAAGAAUCAAAGGACAGUCAGCAUCUCCAGACAGCAGGGAAUAAGAUGAAUACAAGCUUACAGGAGCAGAAUGAGAAUCAAGAAUCAAAGGACAGUCAGCAUCUCCAGACAGCAGGGAAUAAGAUGAAUAUGAGCUUACAGGAGCAGAAUGGAGGAAAUUCUCCAGAGGUGGAACAAGAGAAUCAAGAAUCAAAGGACAGUCAGCAUCUCCAGACAGCAGGGAAUAAGAUGAAUACAAGCUUACAGGAGCAGAAUGAGAAUCAAGAAUCAAAGGACAGUCAGCAUCUCCAGACAGCAGGGAAUAAGAUGAAUACGAGCUUACAGGAGCAGAAUGGAGAAAUUUCUCCAGAGGUGGAUCAAGAGAAUCAAGAAUCAAAGGACAGUCAGCAUCUCCAGUCAGCAGUGAAUAAGAUGAAUACGAGCUCACAGGAGGGAAAUAAACGGGGAUCUUCAAGUUAUAUUUUAUUCCCAGAUAUGCAACAGAUGGGAUCCAGUUCCUCUAGUCCAGUGAACUGUUCAAACAUCACGACUAGAGAGACAAACAUGUCGGAUGUGGAUGUUCCCAGCAAAGAGACUCCAGGUCCGGGGUCGGAGAGCUGGAUAUUAAUAUAAAUAUUAAUUGUUGAGAUUUCUCAAUACUCUGCUUAGAUGUAGUUUGUAAACUAGUCUAUUGUUUUGUACCCCACAAAGCAAAUAUACAGUAAGGCAAAAACACAACUACUACUGUCCAGCCAGUUAUUACAGUAUAAACCCCUUUGGUGUGAUACAAAACCCUUCCGCUUUGCAACGGUGUCCUGAUCACCCUCUGUCAGGGUUUAUUGUAUGUUAAAGAAACAAGCGGCUCAAUGUAGACUACGUUAACCCUUACAUAUUUCACUGAGAUAUUGUGAAAUGGCUACGGAUAUUAUUAGCUCUUUGUGAUAUGUAAAUGUUUAAGUGUAUACAUGUGCAAAUAAGUAAUAGCCUCAUUAACAAUUAUUAAACAGGUGAAGGUAUUAAUGCCUAAAAUAUGCAAUGAGUGUAAUGUAAUGACAAAUAAAAAGAAUUAAGAUUAAUCAUCUUAGUUAGAGAUAUAUGUACUGUAUAUAUAAACACAGCUCAUGACAACAUAAAGAAAUAACCCCUAGGAAUAAAUUAAAUUAAGUGUCUGCAACGUAUGUGCUUUACUCUGUGGCGUCCCCUUAUCUAUGUUAUGUAUUGAUAAACUGUAUCUGCUACUUUACCUCUUUUUGGCUGUUAAGUUGAAUACUGAUCAUUACAAAUAAAGAUGUUGUAAAAGUA